AUGUUUUGGAAUAAUAUAGAAUCAUCUGUCAUCAAUUUGAGUCUACAAUUAGAUAAGAUAAAUACGGCUCGAACAGUAAUACAUGGUACUGAGAGGUUGAUUAAAACUGCUUUAAACGAAGUUGAUAGUACACUGAAAACUGAUGGAGGUUUUGUUUUUAAUAAUAUACUGAAUGAACGACCAGCUGAAGAAACUCUAUCUAAAGGAGUUUUUCCAAUCAGGAAUAUAGACAAUAUUAUUAACGCCAAAACUUCUUCAAAAAAAGGUUUGAAUUGUGAAAAGAAUAAUGAUGUAGUUACAAAACAGUGUAAAAUCGAAGACAAAUUACAAGACCUACCUAUUGAAGCCACCUGCACUGAAGAUAGUAAAACUGAUGAAAAGCAUAAAUUGGAUGAAAAUGAUGACAGAUUCUUUGAUGAUAUAAAAAUGGUUUUAUUCAAUGAUUAUUUAAACCAAAAUAAAGAAUCUGAAUAG